UUAUUUGAAGGAAAGAACCAAACAGGAGGAAGAUCCUUUUAGAGGUUCUGGUCCUGGUCCUACUGGGUCAAACAUUUACUGCAUCAGAAGGAACAACGUGGCUUUAAUCUGCCAGAAAAAACCCAGCAGGUUCCGGACUGGUUCUGGACUGGGAACAGUGCGGUGUUCUCACCAGUAGGGGGCAGUGCAGAGACGGCUUUAAUCUGCUGUUUUCAUGAAGCUUUUAAAAACUAACAGGAAAGAUUAAAACAUUAAUAGUGGACCGGGUCUCAUCAAAACCAGAACCGCAUCUCUUUACCGUGUCACGUCCUUCUUGGACCGGCAGGCCGCCGUAGCUGCGGUCAGCUGGCUGAUCCCGUUCAUUCACAUCAAGCAGCUGUGGUUUGAUCAUUUCUCAUGUUUGUGAUUCUGAUGUGUGAGUGGAACUCCUCCGCCCCCUGCUGGUGAGCCCAGGCCCUGCAGCGGCUCAUUAAUUGAGGCGAGUCAAACCAGGUAGAUCAGACACUAAAACACGGGCAGGUUGUUGGGCUCCGGAAGCUUCUGAUUGGUUGGCGCUGCUUCUUUGUGUGACGUCAUGGGGGAGCAUGAUGGACCUCCAUCCGUCGGGUCAGGUUCUGAGGUCCUGGAGAAGAACUGAGAAUGAUCCAACUCGGAACACCUGAAAUAUUUCUGACCAAUGGAGACAUGCUUCAGGUUUUACAGCCUGAGCUCCAGGUUUCCUGGGCGUUUCAGGUGUCCACCAAUCAGGAGGGACUGAUUGUGGCGGCGCUGGAGCGCGGCGACCUUCAGGACAACGUCACAGCGUACGCGGUACAGAUCUCAGGAGAACCUCGGCUGGUUCUGGUUCCGUUCAUCAACACCAGCGAGCCGCUGCUGUUCAACGCGUCGUUCCACGGCCUCUGCUACACAGUGGGGCUACUGGUCAAACUGGGACAGAGCUGGUCCCGACCCAUGAAGAGCGUUCCCGUUCUCACAAAGCCACUUCCUGUCCGUGCCGCGUACAUCUCAGACUACAGAGAGGCUCCAGAAACGGGCGUUGUGUUCGACAUCGACCCACCGAUCAGAACCGUGUUCAGCCGGGUCAACAUCAGCUACACGGAGGGCCUGGAGCGCCGCUCCAUGCUCUAUAAAGAUUUCUACAAAGGGAAGACUGUUUUCAAGCACUGGCUGCCGGGCGUGUGCUACCGGAACAUCACCUUCCAGCUUAUCUCCGAGGCCACGGCGCUGCAGACGGCGCUGACUAGCCACAGCGACGUCACACACAGACCGCUGCACCACCGCACAGUGCCCUUCCCGCCCCUCAACGUCUCCCACAGGGUUCUGACCCUGAGCCGCCGGGCCGCGGCGGGGGGGCGUGAGGCGGCGGCCCGCCGGGCGCGGGACGUCCCGCUGAUGCAGGAGGCGGAGACGCAGCCCGAGGAGGACGUCGUCUUCGAAGAGGAGGAACCGACUCCUCGGGUUUCCUUCAACGCGACGCAGAACGUGACGGAGAGCGUCGCCGUUAGCAACGGCAGCCGCGCGGAGGAGGCGGAGCCUCAGAGCUACUGGCUGGACCCCACGGAAAUCUCGCCCGCUGACAGAGACGAGGAGUUCGUCAACGCCGUGGUCUCGGAGUACGAGGACUCCAACGAGCCGGGGUCGGCCAUGGCCGUGCCCGCCGAUGUUCCAGUUCUGCCCACCAGGCUGCCCCCCGUCCUGCUGGAGCUGCGCUGGCUGCCCCCACGACCUCCGACCUCCUACGACGGCUUCAAUGUCUACAUCUACAGAGACGGAAACUCCACAGAGAUGGCAACUGUGGACGAGAACACGCACGAGUUCUUCACGGAGCUGACGGAGCCGGGAACGUACCGAGUCCAGGUCACCACGCUGAGUUCGUCUGGAGACUGUGAGGCCCGGGAGAGCAGCGCCGACACCGGCUUCACCUUCUACCUCAGUCCCAGCGGUGAGCUGUUGGAGGAGCUGCGUGAGCGUCCUCAGGGCGUCAGCGUCAGGCUGCUGGACUCCAGCACUGCCGCCGUGUCCUGGGCUCCGUCCGCUCAGAACCACAACGGCAGCCUGGUGUCGGUUGUGUCCACCACCUGCCUGAAGCCCAGCCUGAGCCAGAGGAUGGAGAACACCUACUGCAGCGAGGAGAACUCGACCAGUGACAUCAUCAGCAACCUGACGCCCGGCGCCCAAUACCGCGUAGUCGUCUAUCACACCAACGGCCCUCUGACCAGCCCGCCGUCCGAACCGGUCAUCAUCGACAUCGAGCCCACAGGUGUGCGGGAACUGGCGGUGUACCCGCUGGGCCCCACGGCGGUGGUCCUCAGCUGGCAGAGGCCGUACCACGUGGCCUUCAGGAAGUACAUCCUGCAGACGUUCUUCUUCAACCCCGUCACGCUGGUGUCCGAGUGGACCACCUACUAUGAGAUCGCCGCCACCGCCUCCGUCAUCGCUACCGUGAGAGUCACCGACCUGCUGCCCGCCUGGUACUACAACUUCAGGGUUUCCAUGGUAACCUGGGGAGACCCGCCGCUCACCUGCUGCGACAGCUCUACGGUCAGCUUUGUGACAGCUCCGGAGGCGCCCCACAUCUCGUCGGUGGAUUACUCCCAGGGGGUUCUGGCGGUCCGGUGGACCUACGGCGAGCUCUUCAUCGACCUGAGCCACUCCAGGAUGCUGCACUGGCAGGUGGAGGCCGUGGGCAAGAAGGGGCCACAGAGAGGAUACUCUGUAGACGUGACCCGGAACGCCAUGCGGGCCAGCCUGCCGUUGCCGCCGGGAGACAUCUACAACCUGACGGUGACGGCGUGCACAGAGCGCAGCAGGAACACGUCUGUUCCCAACAUCAUCAAACUGGAGCCGGCCCCUCCCCGCCUGUUGCUGGCUGUCAACACCACGCACUCUUCCGUCACGCUGCUGUGGAGCGAGGACGGCGUGGUGGACUACUACCAGGUUCUGUGCCGACCCAACUGGGCCAGCAAGGAGCUGAAGGCCGGAGAGCCCAUCACCUCCACCGCUCAGGUUCUGACCGUUUCGGGUCUGGUUCCGUCGUCCAGCUACAACUGCAGCGUGACGAGUUUCAGCUACAGCUCAGCCAGCCGGCCGGCCCGCAUCACCGUCACCACCGCAGCCAAAGAGAUGAACCCGAGCGUGGCGGCCAUCUCGGCGCUGGCCGUGCUGAGCGUCCUGCUCAUCAGCCUUCUCGUCCUCUUCCUGCUCGUCCUUCGUAAGAAACACCUGCAGAUGACCAGGAACUGCAGCGCUGAGACCUUCGUUAAUUUCGCCUCGUUUGAGCGAGACGGGAAGCUUCCCUACAACUGGCGAAGAAGCCUCUUUGCCUUCCUUACCCUCCUGCCAUCCUGCCUUUGGACUGACUAUCUUUUGGCUUUUUAUAUUAAUCCGUGGAGCAAAACGGCUUUAAAGAAACGGAAACUAACCAGCCCGGUGCAGCUGGACGACUUCGAGGCCUACUUCAAGGACAUGAGCAAAGACUCCGCCUACAAGUUCUCCCUGCAGUUUGAGGAGCUGAAGAGCGUCGGCCUGGAUCUGACCCACGAUGCUGCCGACCUGCCGGUCAACAGGCCCAAGAACCGAUACACCAACAUCCUGCCCUAUGACUUCAGUCGGGUCAAGCUGGUCUCCAUGCACAACGACGAAGGUGCCGACUACAUCAACGCCAACUACAUCCCUGGAUACCGACAUUCCAAGGAGUACAUCGCCACCCAGGGGCCACUGCCGGAGACGCGCAACGAUUUCUGGAAGAUGGUUCUGCAGCAGAAGUCGCCCAUCAUCGUCAUGCUGACACAAUGCAACGAACGCCGCAGGGUGAAGUGCGACCACUACUGGCCGUUCACAGACGAGCCGGUCAUGUACGGCGACAUCAGUGUGGAGAUGCUUUCUGAGGAAGGCUUUCCGGAGUGGAUCAUCAGGAAGUUUCGACUUGGAUAUGCGGACGAGACCCUGGACGUCCUCCACCUGAACUACACAUCGUGGCCGGAUCAUGGCGUUCCCACAGUCAACGCCAUCGAGAGCAUCCUGCAGUUCGUCCACAUCGUCCGGCAGCAGGCCGACAGGACCAAAGACCCCGUCAUCGUCCACUGCAGCGCCGGGGUGGGCAGAACCGGAACCUUCAUGGCCCUGGACCGCCUGAUGCAGCACAUCCGGGAACACGAGUUCGUGGACAUCCUGGGCAUGGUGUCGGACAUGAGGUCCCACCGGCUGUCCAUGGUCCAGACCGAGGAGCAGUAUGUCUUCAUCCAUCAGUGCGUCCUCCUGAUGUGGCAGAAGAAGAAGCAGCAGUCCAUCACAUCUGAUGUCAUCUAUGAAAACUCCAGCAAGACAUAAUGAGAUGUGAGUCCAAGUCCAGGUAACCUUCGGCUGGUACCGGUACCAGCUGAUUCAGAACUGGGCUCAGAACCAGCUGCAGGAACUGAUCCGCAGCUGGUUCUGAGCCGUUAGAACCAGUAAAGUCCACUGGUCUUGGGAGUUUAUCAUUUAGCUGGUUAUUCAGUUGGGUUACAGGUUAGUUGAUUGAAUAAUUGGUAAAAUGGUUGGUUGGUUGGUUGCUGUUUUCUUUAGUCGUGUGGUUUGGAUAC